AACGGAUAUUAUUGUAUAUUGUAUGAUUUCUUUCUGUCAUAUCGGAACUAUAAAUUAAUCAUUAUUUAUAAGCGAUAUUUAUAAAAAACAAAAAAAAAAUAUCAAAAAAAAAACAAAAAAAAAUAACAAAAACAAAACACAGAGAAACGCAAAAAAGAUAAAAAAAAAAAAAAAAAAAAAGAGAACAAACAAAAAGCACUGUACAGUCUGGGCAAUCCCGGUAAAAAUCCUUUUAGCUAUGUAAGAGACACCACAGACACAGGCUUUAUUGGGCCUAUCGGGGAGAUAUAAAUAUUUCAUGAAGAUAAGCAUGUCGUUCAUUUAUAUCAAGAAAAUUGUCAUUAUCAUACACACACACACAUGCACACACACACACACACACAUACACACACAAUCAAACAUACAUGCACUCAUACACACACACAUGUGUUUGUUAUUUAAUUCGUAUAUUUUAUAUAUAUAUGUAUAUAUAUAUAGAUACAUAUAUGUAUAUAUAUAAAAGAUUUUUUUUUAUUUACAAUUUUGAUAUAAUAUACAUAACAAAUUAAAAAAUUUGUUCUUUGGAUGAAAUCGACGAGCGAAAUUUGUGUAUGUGUUUGUUUAACAUAAUAUUAUAGGUAAAGUGAAGGAAGGUGUAUAUAUAUACAUAUAUAUGUAUAUAUAUGUGUAUGUAUGAUAUAUCUAUGUAUACAUAUAUAUAUAUGUAUAUAUAUAUUUAGUAAUAUUCGCAAGGAAUUCCACUAUGUAAUGUUUCAAGAAAAAAUGCUAUUUAUAUCAUUGUGCAAUUCAUGAAUAAGAAGUUUAAGGUAUGCGCGCUGAAACAAAAUUUCAAAUUUUUUUUCUUUUUUUUUUUUUUCCAAAAUAUUAGAAUCGAUAUCAAGGAACACAUGUUCUUUCAUUUUCCGACGUGAAAAGUCAUCUGUUAGACUUUCUUCAUUAAUUUUUUUUCUUUUUUUUUGUAUGUAGAAUUCAUAUUUACACGGCCAACAGUGGAACCAGGACAAAUGGCGAAGAGCUAUGAUAAUUGCGAAUGUAUUGCAACUUAGUAAAUUACAGUUUCUUUUUUUCUUUUUUUUUUUUCAUUUCCAAGGAGAUUUUUUUUUUUAUCAAUCUCCUUCAGCUCGACUGCCACAUACGUAUUGGAUAUGUUAUACGUUAUAUAAUUUAUUAGGCUCUCACAACACACUAUUAUAUUAUACAUAAAUAUACAUAUAUAAAUAUAUAUACUACUUAUGAAUAUAUGUACAGUUUAUAUAUUUUAAAUUAAAAACUACCGCAAUCAGAAAAAUGUGUGUCUAUUAAUUAUGAGUACAAACCGUUAUUUUGAGAGAGAAAAAAAGGAAAAAGAGAAACAAUUAAAAAAGACAGAUUUGAACGUCGACAAAUCUUUGAGCGCAAGUGUUAAUUUAAAAGAAAAAUACCGCACGGCGCAUGCGCACUGCGUUAUUCCAAUUCCACAAAAGAAAAGUCAAAGUAGAUAGAGUCACUUUUUCGAAUUACUCAAGUUAUCAUAACGAUAAAAAUGUUAUUGAUCUUUUAAAAUUAUUGCGAGGUGGUUUUUAAUAAAAAAAAAAAAAUUUUUUUAACAAUCACGAAAUUAAUGAAACGCGAAAUACAUAUUAUUAAUAAUAUAAUACGUUAAUAAAAGUCCAGGGACUAACCUCUCAUAUCGUAGACAGUGAUCUGUCAAAAUUAUUUGUUUCCAUUAAUAAAUAAUUUCAAUUUCAUAUGGACGCCGAAGCACAAUGCAUAUUCUGUAAGAUAAUAAGAAAUGAAAGUCCUAGUGAAAAGAUUUAUGAGGAUGAGAACGUUACGUGCAUUAAAGAUAUCAAUCCAGCAUCGGAUCAUCAUUACUUAAUUUUGCCAAAUAAGCAUAUACGUAAUGCCAAAGAGUUACAACCUGCUGACAGCAAGCUUUAUGAUAAAAUUAUUGCUUGUGUUCAAUUAAUAGUGGAAAAACAAGGACUCGAUAUCAAUUCUACGAGGACUGGUUUCCAUUGGCCGCCAUUUAACACAGUAAAUCAUCUUCAUUUACAUGUUAUUUCUCCUGUAGAAAAUAUGUCCAUUAUCAAACGAACGAUGUUUAAGCCCAAUUCUCUGUGGUUCGUCGACACAGACUAUGUGAAAUCACGUUUAGAAAAGAAAGAUACAUGAGAUAUAUAGCUUAAUUAUUAUUCAAAUUUUAUAAGUAUUUAUAUUUGUUAUAUAUACUUUAUAGUUAUAUUGAUCAUUUCAAUUUGAUUGUACAAUGUUGUAAGUAAACAAAUUCUAUUUAAAACUUA